AUGCUUUAUAUAUUUCUUUUAGCAUAGUUGUUUAACAUAGUGAUAGUUUAGGAUCCUGUUGAUAAAUUAUUUGAGUUUCAAUAACUAAUGAAAUAAAAAACUAAAGUUUCAAGUAUACAUUUUUGAGCAAUUGUAUUAGAACAAAUAAUUAGUGAAUAUGAUAGUUCAGAUAUAUUCAGUGAAGGAUAUAUUACAAUAAGUGAUUAAUCUGAAGAAGAUGAAUAUAAAUAAUAUGAUGAGAUUUCUGAAUAUGAUGAAGUAGAUGAAUCUUAAUCAGAUGAUGAUGAUUUAAUUAUUGAGUAAUAGAGAAUAGAAUAAUAGAAGAUUGAAUAGUAGAGAUUAGAAUAGUAGAGAUUAGAAUAAUUAAAAUUGGAAUAAUAAAGAUAAGAAUAAUUAAAAUUAGAAUAAUAAAGGUAGGAAUAAUUAAAAUUAGAAUAAUUAAUGAAAGAAAAAUAGGAGUAAUAAAGAUUAGAGAAAUUGAAGUUAGACCAAUAAUAAUAAUUAAUCUUAGAAAAUGAAAAGAAAAAAAAGUAAAUUAUUGAAAUUCCAGAAUAAUGGAGUGAUGAUGAUGAUGAUAAAAUUAUAUAAAUGCCUAAAUAGUAAAAAAAGAAAAAACAUAAAAAAUAAGAAUUUGAUGAUGAUCAAAUAUUAGAAGUAUUAAAUUCUGCUAAAAAGACAAAAGUAUAAUCUCUUGAUGAAUUAGAGGAGAUGGAAAAAACAAUUGUAAAGAAAAAAAAAAAGAGAGAAUAAAUAUCAGAAGAAGAAUUUGUUUAGAAAGUACCUGCUCAAAAUUAAACCUUUAUUCAUUUUAAUAAUAAGAAUAAUUAUUUAGAAUUAGCACCUUGUAGCAAUAAUCCAAUUUAAUAAAGAGCUUGUAGUUUGUGUAAAAGUGAAGUUGGAUAUUAAUUAGAUGAUGAUAAUUGGUAUAUGAUUGGUUUAUAACAUGGUUAUAAGAAGGAGUUUCUUUUAUUAAUAGAAAUAACUAAAUAGUCUUUUGGAGAUAGUCAAUUAUAUUUAAGUUUUUCAUCUAAUGGAUCUGCUUGUAUGACUAGUGAUACUUUAAAAUAGGAUAUUGAUAUUGAGAAUGUUUUAUAAAGAUUUUCAAAUAAAUCAUGGAGGCAUUUUAUUAAGAAUGAAUUAUUUGGUCUUCCAUAAAAAUUAGAAGGAAAAAGUUUUCAAUUCAAAGCAAUAUAUCAAAAUAAACAAUUCAUAUUUUCUGAUUUUGAGAUAAAAUUUUAAUCAAAUCUUAUUCAAGAAUUAAAAUCAUAGACUAAAUAAGAAGUUUAAAUUAAAACAAAUUAAGUUGAAUUGAUUUCAGAAUAAGUAAAUAUAUAUUAUGAAUUGUUAGUUGCAAUGCACAUUAACUGGAAUGAUUAAAUAAUAAAAUGAUGAAUUACCUUUCUAAUUAAAAUUUAAGAAUGGGGAGACAAUAUCAGAACUUCUAAUACCAAAUUGUUAGAUCCCUUUACAUAAUGAUAUUAUAUAUGGAGUUUCAGAUUUGUAUUUUGGAGAGUACUUUAAAGAAACCUUAUAAUAAAAAUUAUAAGGAAAUUUUAGAGGAGAUUUUAAUGCCACGACUUAAUUUGAGAAUGGGAAAUUAAAAGUGAGAUUGUCAAUGAAGAAAUUCAAUAAAUGA